AUUAGCCACUGUUCUUGCUGACAUGCUCCCUUUCUAACAAUGUUCACUCGUCGUUGUUUGAUUGUAGGCUACUAUUCGCUAUUGACGUCGCUCUCACUUUGAUAUAGGGUGGUGUGUCGUUCAACGCACCGGAUGAACUUGAGAAGCUGAACGGGAAACGAUUUCUCCGUUUCUAUUGUCCUACACUCCCGCAACCAAAGACUGUAUACAACACUUAUUGUGUAAGUAGUUCUUUAUAUUAGGAUCUAUUAAUUAAGUAUUACACAUGCAAUCAAAAAGUGUGUCGUUCAAUCGAAAUCAGUAACGUUAACGAUCUACUUUAUCGCAGUUGCGCAACAACGGUUGUUGUUACAAUCUAACCACAGUCGGGACUUUUUGAACAUGGCUGAACCAAGCGGCAAAAGAUUGAAGACCAACCUGCCUAACUGUAAAACUCACCGAGCUUUUCUCGGGAGCAGAGUGAAACAGAAUCUCCCAGCGGUCGUUGAGGAGAGUUUGUGCGGAGUAUCUACAUUGAUUAUGGAGGUCGCUUACAUACUUGAUGCACUGGCCAAGAUAUUUGAGCAGGAUGACAUUGCCUUGCCAAGAGUGGCAGCGUUCUUCCAUGAGCAGUCUGUGAACGAGCAGGCGAAGGCUGAGGCCAUGAUGGACUACCUGUCAGACAGAGGGGGACAGUACUGCAGUAAAGACAUCCAGAGGCCUGGCUGUGAGGAGGUGUAUGCCGUGAUCCCAGCCCUGGAGCUGAUGCUGGGCCAGUGGAAGGAGGAGAUGGCCGUGAUGGUGGAGCUCAGCCAGUUGUCCAAGGAGCACAGCGACCCGCACUCCGCCAGUGUGAUCAAGAGCCGCUUCCUGGGGCCGCUGGUGCCCCGUGUCAAACUGCUGGGAGACCUGCUGACCAACGCACGUAGGGUGGGCUGCACCAGCGACCGCUCGGGGGGCUUCGGGGAGUACCUCAUCGACCAGCUGCAGGAGGAGUUGACCAACGUCUCCAGUAGAUAAAUCACUCAGUAGUUUAUAUUAAAGAAAACUACUUUGCGAGUUCGACUCUCAAAACAAGCCUCUCCUGUCAGUAUUUUAUGGCCACCUAUAUUGUAUUAUAGCUUGUCUGUAAGGCCAAUGUAUUGUAGAAGACACUCCCUAUUCCUACAUAACUUGCUAGCUCCUCAAUAGAAAUGAUUGAAACUGAAAAAACAAGGGGAAUCAUUUGAGGCGUAUGGCUUAGUUACAACUAGGUUUAUUUGGAACCAAGCUGUAGCACUUCUUCUUAAUUCCUGUUUGCAUUUCUGCACAAUUUGUUUAAAUGUUUGGUGUGUUCGAGAGAGGGCAACAUCUUGAAUCCAGAAUAAAAAGAAUGAAUACAUAUAUUAUGCACUAGAUUUGGGCAUUUAAAAGGACACAGCCUCAUUGUAUCAUGUUCAGUGCCUUUGGAAAGUAUUCAGACCCCUUGACUUUUUCAACAUUUUGUUAGGUUACAGCCUUAUUCUAAAAUGUAUUACAUCGUUUUCCCCCUCAAUCUACACAUAAUACACGAUAAUGACAAAGCAAAAACAGUUUUUUUGAAAUGUUUGCUAAUUUAUUCAAAAUAAAAAACAGAUCACAUUUACAUAAGUAUUCAGACCCUUUGCUCAGUACUUUGUUUAAGCACAUUUGGCAACGAUUUCAGCCUCGACUCUUCUUGGGUAUGACGCUAAAAGCUUAGCACAGCUAUAUUUGGGUAGUUUCUCCAUUUCUUCUCUGACGAUCCUCUCAAGCUCUAUCAGGUUGCAUGGGGAGCUUUGCUGCACAGCUAUUUUCAGUUCUCUCCAGAGAUGUUCGAUCGGGUUAAAGUCCUGGCUCUGGCUGGGCCACUCAAGGACAUUCAGAGACUUGUGCUGAAGCAACUCCUGCAUUCUCUUGGCUGUGUGCUUAGGGUCAUUGUCCUGUUGGAAGGUGAAUCUUCACCCCAGUCUGAGGUCCUGAGCACUCUGGAGCAGGUUUUCAUGAAGGAUUCCUAUGUACUUUGCUCUCUUCAUCUUUGCCUAGAUCCUGACUAGUCUCCCAGACCCUCCCUCUGAAAAACAUCCCCAAAGCAUGAUGCUGCCACCACCAGGCUUCACAAUAGGGAUGGUUCCAGGUUUCCUCCAGAUGUGACACUUGGCAUUCAGGUCAAAGAGCUAAAUCUUGGUUUCAUCAGGCCAGAGAAUCUUGUUUCUCAUGAUCUGAGAGUCUUUAGGUGCCUUUUUGGCAAACUCCAAGCGGGCUGUCAUGCUUUUUACUGAGGAGUGGCUUCCGUCUGGUCACUCUACCAUAAAGUGCUGCAGAGAUGGUUGUCCUUCUGGAAGGUUCUCCCAUCCCCAUAGAGGAGCUCUAGAGCUCUGUCAGAGUGACCAUCGGGUUCUUAGUCACCUCCAUAACCAAGACCCUUAUCCUCAGAUUGCUCAGUUUGGCCGGGCGGCCAGCUCUAGGAAGAGUCUUGGUGGUUCCAAACUUCUUACAUUUAAGAAUGAUGGAGGCCUCUGUGUUCUUGGGGACCUUCAAUGCUGCAGAAAUGUUUUGGUACCCUUCCUCAGAUCUGUGCCUCGACACAAUCCUGUCCCGGAUCUACGGACAAUUCCUUCGACGUCAUGGCUUGGUUUUUGCUCUGACACACAGAAAUAAACGCAAAUGAAACCAGGUGUGAAAAGAAUCACAGACAAAACAAACAGAAAAGGAAAAAGGGAUCGGUGGCGGCUAGUAAACCGGCAACGCCGAGCACCGCCCGAACAGGGUGGAGGAGUUACCCUCGGUACAGGGUAGAGGAGUUACCCUCGGUACAGGGUAGAGGAGUUACCCUCGGUACAGGGUAGAGGAGUUACCCUCGGUAGAAGUCGUGACAGCCACUGUAUUUUUGGAGACCCUCAAUGCUGCAGAAAUGUUUUGGUACCCUUCCACAGGUCUGUGCCUCAACACAAUCCGGUCUCUGAGCUCUACGGACAAUUCCUUCAACUUCAUUGAUUGAUUGUUGCUCUGACAUGCACUAUCAACUGUGGGACCUCAUAUAGAAAUCAUGUCCAAUCAGUUGAAUUUACCACAGGUGGACUUCAAUCAAGUUGUAGAAACAUCUCAAGGUUGAUCAAUAGAAACUGGAUGCACCUGAGCUCAAUUUUGAGUCCCAUAGCAAAGGGUCUGAAUACUGUUUUUUUAGUGGAUUCAAUUUGAAAACAUUUCUAAAAACUUGUGUUCACUCAUUAUGGGGUGUUUUGUGUAGAUUGCUGAGGAAAUAUUUGUAUUUAAUCCAUUUUAGAGUAAGGCUGUAAAAUGACAAAUGUGGAAAAAGUCAAGGGGUCUGAAUUCUUCCCGAAGGCACUGUAUGUAUUCCAUGAGCAAAGUUGAGACAUGUUGUCAUAAUGUGGUGUUGCAUGAAUUGAGAGAUAACAAUGUGACAAUCAAAGCUGAAGGCAAAGUACUUGAAAUACUGUUAAUAUCUGGAUUGACACACCUCGCUAUGUUAUAUGGCUUAUAAUGGUAUUUCUGUAUUCAGUAUUUUACAAAGAGGUCACUCUCAUAAGAAAUUAUGGGUUGAUGUAUAAUGGGAUAUUGUUUGGGAUUGGUCUCAUCUGUACACUUUAUGUUUCUACAAAACCUAUUGCCUUUACCUACUAUACAGAUCAAAUAUACACUGUCCCUCUUCAUCACAUACAGUACAAUGUUACAACAAUAUAUCUACCUUUCAAAAUAAAGUUUUUGAUAAAUUUCU